GGUCCGCGCUCAGCUUUCCGGUACUUCCUCGUGUUGCGGGAGGAUAAAGCGGUGACGUCGGCGGACUGAUUCGGUUGCAACAGCGCCGCAAAGGCAAGGAUCUUCGGCCGAGCUGGAGAGAUACGACGCGAAACACGCGCAGACCGUGAUUCAAUACGUUUAUGUCAGGCAGGCGGUCUCAUCUUCUGACGGAAAUCAUGCUUCGUCGCGGAAACGGAGAUUAAAGAGACUCUGCAGCAGCAGCGCAGUCGCUACUCGAGCUUAACGUCGCGCGGUCUAUGUCUCGGAGCCGCACGCACGCGCGCCCAUGGCCUCGCUAAACAGGGACGAGGAGCAGCGAUGGGUGCCGACGCACGUGCAGGUGCUGGUGAUCCGCGCCCGCGGGCUCCGCGCCAAGGGCAAGCACGGCACGAGCGACGCGUACGUCGUGAUGCAGCUCGGCAAGGAAAAGUACUCCACAUGCGUGAUGGAGAAAACCACGGAGCCCGAAUGGGGCGAAGAGUGCUCGUUCGAACUGCAGCCUGGCGUGCUGGAGCCCGGGGGCCGCGACUCACUCCCAGCGGGCACCUGCGACCUCACCUUCACCAUCAUGCACCGCGCGCUCAUCGGCCUGGACGUGUUCCUGGGCCAGACCGUCAUCGCCCUGGAUAAGGCUUUCCGCCAGCGUGUGUGCAUGAGGAACGAAUGGUACAAGCUUCAUUCUAAAACUGGAAAGAAGGAGAAAGAAAGGGGGGAGCUUCAAGUAACAGUGCAGUUCACUCGCCAUAACCUGACAGCCAGUAUGUAUGACCUCUCCAUAAAGGACAAACCUCGGUCAGCCUUCAUCCGGCUGCGUGAGCGCAUGCGUGCCCGGAAGCGUGGUGGGGAUGAAGAGUCCUCCUCGGCCAUCGUGCCUGGGGGUUAUGGGGCAUUGGCACGCAUGCGGGGCCGUCUGCCAAGUGAUGGUGGUGGAGAGGAAGACUAUGAGGAUGAUGAAGGAGGGGAGUUGAGGAGGAGUAAAAUGAGGAGUUACUUUCUGCACGGAAGGUUACGGAAGUCUUCGGACACGCGUUCUAGCACAUCUCUGGGCUCCGAGAGCAGCGAGUCAUCUUCCAGAGGGGGCAGCCUUAGCCCAACUGCUGGCAUCAGUGUAGUGGUCUCCGACCUCUCCAAUUCACCGAGCAACAGCAGCAAUCUGACUGCAGACAACAGUCCAGAGCACACAGUAGCCCCUUCACCACUAGUCUCUCCUGUUAAACAAGUGUUUGAUGAGGCUUGCGAUCUUAGCAUCCCAGUGCCUCAUUCCCUGGCCACUGACGGUGAUGCCCACAUUCUCCUGCCCUCUGUCUGUGUUAAUGGAAAUCCAGUUGAGACCUCUCCUCUUACCCACCAACCCCCCUCGCUGGUACUACAACAACCUAAGCCACAGACAGCGACCCAACAAGAAUUGCCGAAAACUCCUCAGACAAGCCUACCAGAGAGAGGCAAACCUACUCGGGCCCAAACAGCCCAGCUCUCAGAAAUCAAACCUCAACCUAGUCCAGAGUUUCAGACUCGGCAGCCUAAAGUGGAGUCUAAAUCCAAGCCUGACCUGCAGUUCCCUGCAGUGGGAUUGCUGCAGAAGGGUUCUACACUCUCUGUAUCCUUGCAGAACCUCUCUCGCCGUAAAGAGGAGCCACAGGGUGGAGGGCCUCUAGAUGGCCGCCGCUGGUCCUUUGAUAAACCAGGAGAGGAGGAGAAAGCAGCCAUUGCUGCUGCACUGGAGCAUACUGGGUUGAUUGCCGAUGAAACGGUGGUGGAGACAGCUGUGUCUGUAAGUGAGUCAGAAGUUCAAGGCAAGAAGAAGCGAAGCUUUUUCUCGCAUGCACGGGCUGAAAAAGAGGAAACUAGCCACGCUCAGCCAGCUGCAGAGGGAAGACACAGAGGCUGGUUCAGCUCUAAGGAUCCAAACACUAAACCAAGUCCACACCCAGUGAAGCCUUUGACACCUCCAGAUGAGAAGAGGUCAGAAGGACGGUCUGUGCUAGAGAAGCUCAAGUCCACCAUUCAUCCAGGACGAGGUCACCAAGGAGACCAGGAAUCUGAGAAGAAGCUCUUGGUGGAGGGUGGAGGCUCCUACUACCAUCUGAACCACAGUGAGCUGGUGUCACUCCUGCUACACCGGGAUGCUGAGCUCCAACAAGAGAGGGAGGAGUAUGAGCGCCGUGGCUUGUUGCUAGAGAAACGAGAGAUGGAGUUAAAGAAGAUGAGAGUUUUAAUCCGAGAUCUAGAGGAUUACAUUGACACGCUGCUCGUCCGCAUUAUGGAACAAACGCCUGCACUGUUGCAAGUUCGUUCCAAAAUGAAAUGACCCAAUAGAGAUUCAGCAAACAUUUCACGGUCAUGUCACAAAUCUUCCACAAUCCCUGGGCAGAUGUUGCAACCUUUCACUGCUACUGCUAUCAUGUAAAUGUAGAAUGAAGCAUUAUUGAACAGGCACAGAAAAGAUAUUUGGCAUUCUUUGCUGUCUCAAAAUACAGUGUCCACCUCUGUGAGCCUCCCAUAUGUGGCCAUGUGCACCCACCCACCGCCUUUCCUGACUCCCACAAUUCUUAUUCUAAAACAAGAAUUUCUGGGAAAUUUUACUUGGAUGAUACUCGCUUCCUCUAAGCAGAUGUGUAAGAGGUGCAUCUGUCCAGCUAGUUACCAAAGCUGCCUGUCAAUCAAAGGAAGGUGUGGUCUGGUUUUUGGAAACUCGGGUGAAAAUUUUGCUGCUUGAAAUAAUGUUAUCCAAAUCUUUUGUUCUUCCUUUCUCCUCACAUUAAUGGGACCUGUCUCAUUUAAGCUUCUGAAACUAUGCUGCUUGAACCGACUGAUUCUGUAGUUAUCAAGUUUGGGAGGGGGAAUCCCCCAGAUACAACUGUGAAAGGAAGUAGAAUCGGUCAAUUCACAUCUGCUUGUGCCUCAUGCCAUGUCUUCCGCACUUUAUUGCUAAGCAUAAAAGUAGAGGCGCGUGCACACACACACCAACAUGCUGGUUCCUCAGUCUGUCUGUUAACCAGUCCCUUUCCCAUCCGGCUCGAGCUAACAUGCACACAUUGCUACCAGUGCUUUCAGGUGUAAUGAACAGGAUGUAUACUGUUCUUACUGCAUAUAUGCCACUCUGGUGAGAUGCCAAAUGCUGCCUUAUCAUAUGUCUCUGUUCCGUUCUUGCUGAAACCAUCACUUUUCAGCUCUGUACCUUACCUUGAAGUGUGACUGUAACGGACUGUGUGUUCUGGCCUGAUUACCAACACACUGUUAGGCUAAAUCAGGUAAUGUUAUAGGCUCUUACUGCCUCAGUGUUGAGUGAUGAACAAACAGUACUGUCUGUAAGGGAGGUGGAGGAUUAUGGAAUACUACCCGAAGUUGCUAUAAUUCAGUGUUGCAGUGUUCCCAGUGCAGUCAUGGCUCCGGCCUGUGACAAUGUGCCUGCAGUGUUGUUCUAAUGUUACUCAGAUGUUGCCACUAUCAAUGUUUUUUGCAGUGUAGCACCAUCUGUAGUUGUGUGGUAGCAGCAUGUGUAACAGCACUUUCAAACCACACAUACACUUAAUUAAAUGGUUCUUCCUCAAAAGCAUAAGUACUGAGCAAACACGAAUACAUGCACAUAUACACUGCACUAGCUCAUUCUCUGAACCUAAGAUAUUUACAGUAUUCCUGUGCUACUGUAAUUCUUAUAGUCCAGCUAAGCUAGAAAAUCAGAGAUCAAUAUAUUACAUGUAACUUGUCAAACUUACAAUUAGAAGCACUUAAGGUUUCACAUGUUCUGACUCUUACUGAAUUAUGAUCUCUAGCUCUUAGGUUGUGAUUUAUGUAAAUUGAAUGACUUGGACUGGUAUGGUACUGUCAUUUGAGCGGACUCAUGGAAUAUUAAUGUCAGUCAGAGACUAAAGUUUACAAUUCUUAAUAAACCUGUUUUAACUUGUAUAAAGGAUAUAAUAUUUAUGCUUUUUUUUUUUGCCCUUUAAUUUGCUGUUCCCCAGAAGUUAUCUAAUGCUCUAAGUUCAAUUUUGUUACGUUUACUUUCUCACCUUUUUGUUCCAUUUUAUCAGCUAUUGACUUUUUUCUUUCCCUUUUAGAAUUUUAAUGCUUUUAAUGUUUACUCCCUGUUGGAGAAUAUGCUGUUCUAGUAAACUGACUAUGUUCAUUGAGAUGUUUUCUCUUUAGAAGUCUUAUAAUGUAGGAAGCAAUAGUGCAGAGUGCUAAGGAACUAUGAAAAGCCAGAUCAGCAAGUUAGGUGGUACAAGUGCCCUUGACUGUCAUAUUGUGGAAUGACGACCGAAACCAUUAUGUGAUUUUUGAUUGUUAAUUUGUUUAUCAGAGCUGCAUUUCUAUUUUAUAAAAAAUAAAAACAAUUGUGUAUUCCAUUCCUACACUUUUUUGUUCCUGCAAUUCUUAAAAAAAAAAAUUACCAUUAUCCUAACUUUUAUUUUAAAUAAACAUGGACUACCAUACUGGAUUAUUUAACAGUUGACUGGUAUAUAGUAAUGGUGAUGGUUCAGUUUUUUUGCAUUUAAUUUGCUUUUGAUUUCAUAAAUCCAUGAAUUUGAGAGAACAUGUCCAUGUGAAGCUGACUGACGCUGACUAUUCCACAAGGAUCAGAAAUGGUGUGUCGUUUUUUUUUUUUUGUUUUUUUUUAAAUGGAGUCUUUCCUUGAGGUGCUGUUCUUUGGGAUGUCCAGGUUGUCUUAUGGCAAAUGUUUGCAGUUUGAUUAUUGUAUUGAUAAUUGAAAGGGAAUAUUAAAAUCAGCUCUCUGAUUUGUCCUUUUGCAUCUCUCAAUGGAAAUAAACACUUUUCACUUUG